AUGAUUCCAUUAUUCUUAUCCAUUUUUGCAGCUAUUUCACAUUCAAAUCGAAUGUCAAUUCCAUCAACGAGUUUUUAUGGAGCAAACGAUGAUUUCUCUUUUCAAAUGACACCAACAACAACUGAUUUUUUGAGUGAUGAUAGCAAUUCGACAAAUUCAUGCAGAGAUCAGGUAAUUCUUUUGAUCUAUUAUUGUAAUUUGCAAAGCCGUUAGGCGAUCUAAUUGGUCAAAUUAUAUGGCUAUUUUCUAUGCAAGGGAACUCGACUAAAAGAUAAAACACAACACAAAUUCCAAAAAAUGGACCAUCUGCGUUCUUACGUCAAUCCAUUUAUUUAUUUCCGUGUUUUUUAGGACUUGAGAGAGAAUAGGAAGUGCGACCAAAAAGUUAGGGAACCUUCAGUAAAGAAAAGUUUCCAUAAACAAAUAAAAAGUUAAUGGAUCCAAUUAAAUUCUAAACUUCUAAAGAACAAUUCCCUCGGGGGUUGGCUAUUUCAGAAGUUCUCCUAACUUCGAAGAUUCAAAUUAUAAAGAAGGGGUUACGAUAAAAACUUUGUACUAUAAUCGUAUCCACCUGAUCCACGAAGCGAAUAAGCGUUUUAUACUCCUAAGCUGAUCAGAGACGAUUUAUAGAUCAAAACUAUAUAUUUUUCAGCUCCGCCGAUACAAUUUAACAAAUGAGCCACUUCCAACUCCAGUUCUAGUUCUGAUGUCAGUUCCAGCUGUUAUUAUAAUUAUGUUAACAGUGUUUGGCAAUCUUCUCGUUCUAUUUUUCAAGGCACGUGUCGGUCGAACAAAUACAACACUUUUGGUAUGGAAUUUGGGAUUGACUGAUUUUUUAGUAGGAAUGAUUGUAUUACCAAUGGGUGCUGUACAUUUAAUUUAUCGAAAAUGGAUUUUCGGACGAUUUUUGUGUCGUUUAUGGGUAGCUGCAGAUGUCACAUUCUGUACAUGUUCUGUUGUAAGUUCUUCUAACUGUCCAUUUUUCUAUAUUGAUAUUAAUUUUAGGUAACAAUAUGUGUAAUAUCCGUUGAUCGAUAUUUGGCUGUAACUCGUCCACUUCGAUACAAAACACUUGUUACAAAAACAAAAGUGAUAAUUGUGAUGACAACAAUUUGGAUAUUCUCCUCCUCAAUUCUUUUGACAACAGUUCGUUGGGAGCAAAAAGAUUGUCAAGAUGAUUCGGAAUGUUUUGCCGGAAGUGAGAUUCGUUAUCUUGCACACAGUGUUGUUUUCGCCUUCUUUUUACCCGCCUCAGUGACUUUGACAUUGUAUUGGAGAAUUUAUAAAUUGGCUCGAGAUCGACAGAAAGCUUUAGAUCGUGGAUUUGUAAUGAUUCUUGGACAAAAUAUGAAUUUUCUCACAAACACUUUGAGUCAGCAGGUUGGUUAGAAAAUUGUGGGAAUUUUCUAUGAAAUUCUUUUAGACAACACUUCGUGUACAUUUUGGAAAAACCAAUGGAAUGGUUGAACAUCAACGUCGAGUUUUACGAACUCAUGAAAGAAUUGCGAAAACUUUGGGAGUUGUUUCAUGCUCAUUUUUAUUUUGUUGGCUACCAUUCUUUGGUUUAUAUUUAACAAGUAAGUUGAGUUGAUUCCUAUGAUCAAAAUCUCAUGAAAUAUAAAUGAUGAGUGCAAACUGCUUCCUCAAAACAUUUAUUUUUUGACGUAGUUCUAAAUACGAAAAUAGAAUCAUCAUCUUCCAAAAAUAAACCUUUUCCAGAUUAUAAAUGUGAAGAUUGUAUUCAUCCAAUGGCAAUCGAUGUUGCUAGCUGGUUAGGAUAUUGUAAUUCAAUGUUGAAUCCAAUUAUCUACUCAUUUACUGUCAAAGAAUUCAAACGUUCCGCGUUUCGUUUAGUCAUUCCAAUUUGGCAAUUUAUGAAUCGAUGUUUACCAUUUAUUCCGGCUCCACCGGAUAAUAUUUUGCAAAGGAUAGCAAGACAUAUGAAUCGGGCAAAGGAAAAGGUUUGAUUUUCAUCGUUUUCAAAUUGGCUUCAUUUGUUUCUUUGGAAAAUAUGAGAAUCUUAUUGUUGAAUAGUUUCUAGUUUGAACCGGGGCUAAAUUCUUCAAAAUGUCACCACAUGUCUACGAGCGUGCUAAUUCAGAGUUUGAGGUUCAAAAGUUCCUAAUACAUCAGGGGAGUUCCCUUAACUUUUGGGUCUCUUUGAAUAAUAGUCUUUAAGGCUCAGGUGGGCAUUUUUUUACCCACUGCUCCAAUUUUUUUCAUAAAUAUUUACUAGAAAAAUAUGUAAUCCUCUUCUAAAAAGUAUUCACAAUUUUGGGGAACUAGUUCUAGUGAAUCUUCUUCCUCUCAUGUUUUUUUUCCAAUUUUUCUAGCCACGACCGCGUUCGUUUGAAAUGUCGGCCAAUAAAAAUGGAAUGCUAACAACCAAAAUUCGUGUCGAUAAACGUCGUCAAACAGAACCAAAUGUAGCAGCGACAUCAUUAAUUGUAAAUAAGGUGAGAUAAAAAAAAAUAAUACGCAAAAAGAUCCUUAUCCUCAUUCUCUUCUUUUUUUUUUCAGCCAUCCGCCGAAAAAACCUGA